UCCUUAUAAAUUAUUAGCAUGUUUGAUCUUAUCUGAGACUCAAAAACAGAAUGCAAGAGAUUGUAAGGCACCUCAAUUAGGGAGCCUUCAGGAAACACAUUCGGAUUCCACGUUCGAGUCUGUGUUUAACAGAGGGUUGUGUCUUUCAAUGCCUCGGCAGCAUGUCAAGUCCUUCCGAGUUUUUGUAGCAACCUGGAAUGUGGGAGGGAAAUCGCCUCACAGCAACUUUAAUCUGGAUGAUUUCCUUCAGGUCCAUGAUCAAUCUGAUAUAUAUGUUUUAGGUUUUCAAGAAAUUGUCCCACUAAAUGCCGGAAAUGUGCUUGUCAUCGAGGAUAAUGAGCCUGCAGCGAGAUGGCUAUCCUUGAUUAACCAAUCACUGAACCAAUCGUGUAGUCUGAAUUCACGAGGAUUAACAAAGCCUGCUACCUUUUCCCCGGGCGGCUCACUCUUCUUCCAGAAGCCUUCUCUGAAGAAGGUCAGCAAGUCUUUCAGGACAGAGAGCAAAAGGAGGCUCAAGACGUGCAACUGUUCUUCUCCGCAAGAGCUACUAGAGAGGAAGUUUAGUAAAGAAUUAUGUUUUCGAUGCCAACAAUCAUUUGUCAAUCGAGAUGAGCUUUCUUCGGACGAGGAUGAAGAUGGACAUAGCACUAACAUACUCACAGGCAUGUCCACUUCUAUGACUAGCAACCAGAUGAAGUACAGUCUUGUAGCAAGUAAGCAAAUGGUAGGGAUUUUUGUCACUGUUUGGAUGAAGAAGGAGCUUGUCCAACAUGUCAGCCACUUGAGAAUCUCCUCCAUUGGUCGCGGAAUAAUGGGCUGUCUCAGAAACAAGGGGUGCAUUUCUGUGAGCAUGUCUUUCUACCGGACUAGCUUUUGCUUCAUCUGCAGCCAUUUGGCAUCGGGAGAGAAAGAGGGAGACGAACUUAGGAGAAAUUCGGAUGUGAUAGAGAUCCUCAGGAACACACAAUUUUCAAAGAUAUGCAGAACAGCUUCCAGUAGGGUGCCUGACAAAAUUUUGGAGCAUGACCGAAUCAUAUGGCUCGGAGAUUUGAACUACAGAAUAGCUCUGAGCUAUUCUGACACGCGAAAGCUCUUGGAGAAGAAUGACUGGGAUGCACUACUGGACAAAGAUCAGCUGAAGAUUGAAAAGGAAGCGGGGCGAGUAUUCAGGGGAUGGAGAGAGGGGAAGAUCUACUUUGCUCCUACCUACAAAUACUCGUACGAUUCAGACACUUACUCUGGAGAGACAAUGAAAGCUAAAGACAAAAGGAGAACUCCGGCUUGGUGCGACAGAAUUCUAUGGCACGGAGAGGGGAUUAAGCAGCUUUCUUACGUGCGCAGAGAGCUCCGAUUUUCAGAUCACCGGCCUGUUUGCGCCACGUUUAUGGUGGACGUUGACGUUGCAGAAGAUGGUUAUAGUAGAAGAUUACCCAGCGUCUGUAUGAAAGUUGGGAUCGAAGAGCUGUUACCUUUUACAAGUAAAAGAACAUUGGCCUUAACAUAAAUGAAAAUUUCAGUUUGGAGUAGCACAAUAUUUUUGUUUUGAAAAAAAAAAAAAAAGAAAUUUUUUUUGACAGUAGAAUAUGUCUGGGUAAAUUUUAGCGCAUGGAGGCUAAAUUUUUCCUCAGAUGAUGGUAAAAAUCUAAUCUUUUAUAUUCAUAUCCCAAAUUCCGCCUACAAAAAUUAGUGAAGGGUAAAACAGGAGAGAGACAUGAGAUGAGUGGCCUUCCAAGUUGGGGAGGUGAAAAAAAAAGUAUGAGGAUGUGCAGGGAUUAAUUUGAGUGUUAUAAGUUUUGGCAAUCUGUACAGACCCUUAAUUUAAU